AUGCUGGCCAUUGUUGUGAUCAAUUUCUGCAUCUGUUGGCUUCCCCUAUUCACCAUUUUCAAUAUAUUAAAACUCGACCCGCAUUAUCCAACCUUCUCAAUGAACAUCAACACAACAUCAGAACUUGAGGCCACCACUGAAGAUGAGAGGUUGGGAACGAUAAUUCUGCUUAUUCCUUUCGCCCAAUUGUUGGGAUCCGCCAAUAGUUGUGUCAAUCCGUGGAUUUACUGUUUCUACUCCAAACGGUAUCGUAGGGGCUUCAAGCGAGUAUUCUUGUGUCGAUCACUUGGACCCACCAGUAUGGGAUAUCACCCAAGACUCCAUUCUGCCUCGGCAAAUUGUUAUCGCGAUCAUAAUCUCGCCCCCCGUGGUGGGGUCGAUCAAUUUGCCUAUACUUGA